GAAAACUUCGUCUGCAUUUCAUUUUUUAAUUGAAUACAUUUAAGAUGUCUACCACAUCGAACAAAAUUAACACAUUGUGUUCCUUAAAUAUAAUUGCAUACACUGUUCUCGUUGUCGGUGCCGACUUCUAUCCAUCAUUGCUUAUCGACAGUUGCACGAAGCAAACCCUGCAAGUCAGCAUCCAUGGAGCAUCAGACCACGGGGUUGUUUACAUUCUGGGGUGUGCAGACACAUGCCAGCAUUACACCUCUGCAGAAUCAGGAGUCUAUAUUUUUGAUCUGCAAGCAAACAAAAUAAAUUGGGAGAGGACAUUUCGAGUUGUGAUACAGGGACAUGCUGACUACCAGACUGGACAAGACAAGCAGUUCCCUGUCACUUGUAUAGCUGAUACAUCGGACAUUGCUGUGGCCAAUCCUGUAAAUCUGGGACCUCUGAGAGAUGAGACAGCCCUGAACAAAACCAUCAAGCCUACAGCGACUAUGAGGUUGUACAAGGAUGGGAGCAGUGUAGGAGGGCAGACUGUCACACUGAUGGACACCCUCACGAUGGUCCUCACACUGGAUGAUGGAUUCUCAGAGAUGUUUGACAUCAAAGCCAGAAGAUGUGUUGCAGACACUUUCUUGAUUGUCUCCAAUUUUUGUGCCACCAACACCGAGCUGUUCCCCAUGUUUACCCACUCCAGUCAAGGAGAGCUACAAUCUGAGUUUGGAGCCUUCAGAACUACAUCACUACGGGGUGGGGCUGUGAAGAUGACCUUCUCCUGCACACUACAGGUCUGCAAAGGUCCGUGUAACCCGACCUACUGUAUGAAUGGCCACCCAGGAUAUGGAAGAAGGUCAGCUGUUGACCAUGUCAUGUACAACAUAAGUGUUGGUUCCACAAUCACUGUACUGGAACUGAAUACAGACAACCACACUAUUCCACUGGUCAUAGAUGAUGAUGAUCCUACAGUGGAAUUGGAAAGAACAAAUGCCACCAACAUUGUCAUCACAGAAAAUGCCUCCAAGCAUUCAAAUGACUGUAGCUGUGACCUAACAAUAGUCCUACUUGUAGCCCUCAUUGCAGCCAUAAUAUUAGUAGGCUUUGUUGCAUUUGUGAGGCUCAUCCACUCACACAAGUAUGGACGUUUUGCUGAUAAGCCCACAGUAAUAAGCCCAGCGCCUUUACCAGUUCUCAGACUAAGAGAGAACCUGCAUUAUGAAACCGAGGAGGAGGGAGACCAGUACAUGUACCAGGAAGAAGAUGAGGAUAAUUGGAUUGGAAUGGACUUCAAUGAUCCCUGUAGUUAUGACCCUCGCUGUAAUCACCAUUUGUUUUACCCUAAAUGAAUGAUGAUUGUUGUAGCUUAAUAAUGCUCAUAUAAUCAAAGUUUGUUUUUGCACUAAAAAUACUCCAGUAUUGGGUAUGGUGAACCAUGUUUUAAUAACAAUUUGUCGUUAACUAAAUGAACAAUCACUGUUAUAAUCCUCAUUUGUUUAAUACUAUAUCAAUGAUCAUUGCUUAGCGAUGGAUCCCAGCAAUACCUUUUUGUAUUUACAAUAAAUGAACAAUAAUCA